AUGGCGACACAAUGGAUGCUAGAGGUCUAUAAAAGAGCAGCAUGGAUGCUAUCCAGCUUCCUUAUUUCUACUCAAGGCGUUCAAGCAGCAAGCAAUCCUUCCUCUGGCGACAAGCCCAACUUUGUUUUUAUCUUUACGGAUGACCAAGAUUCCCGAUUGGACUCAUUGGAUUAUAUGCCCAACUUGCAAAAGUAUCUGGUUCAAGAAGGCACCCUUUAUGAGAAUCAUUAUGCCACCAUUGCUGUGUGCUGCCCUAGUAGAGUGGGUUUAUUACGCGGCCAGUAUGCUCACAAUACCAAUAUCACGGAUGUCAAUGCACCCUAUGGAGGCUAUGGUCGAUUUGUCGAGCUUGGUUUACACGAAGACUAUUUGCCCCUAUGGUUACAGCGGGCUGGAUAUUCGACCCAUUACAUUGGCAAGCUCAUGAACCAAUACAAUGUGAACAAUUAUGACAGUCCUGCUCCACCAGGCUUUGACUAUCAAGAGCAACUUGUUGAUCCUUAUACCUAUAUUUACGACACGGCUGUUUUCUCGCGUAAUGGUGAGGCACCAGUGUACUACAACAACACCUAUCAGACGGAUGUGAUCCAUGCCAAAGGCCUUGAAGCUCUACAAGGACAAAGAAACGAAACGAAACCAUUCUUUCUUUGGUUGGCUCCUACCGCUCCUCAUGGUCAAUUUGUUAUCAACAGCGGUGCUGGCAGCACUCGCACAUACCCUCCUGUACCAGCUGCUCGACACUCAUACCUCUUCCCCAAUGCCACUAUUCCCCGCCAUCCACAUUUCAACCCAAAGAAACAAACCAAGACAGCCUCCUAUUGGAAGACAUUUGAGCAUCUCAAUGAAACUACGGUGGAUUAUCUCGAUGAGGUGUAUCGUAAGCGUCUUCAAGCGUUACAAGCCGUGGAUGAAAUGAUCCCAACAAUCAUUGCCGAGCUGGAAAUACAAGGAAAGCUGGACAACACUUACAUCAUCUACAGUGCAGAUAAUGGUUUCCACUUGGGCCAACACCGAGCUCUCCCAGGAAAGUGCACUGAAUUGGAAGAAGAUAUCAACGUUCCUUUUGUUGUGCGUGGACCGGGCGUACGAAAGAACCACGUGAGCAGCCUUGUCAGUGCACAUCACGAUCUCGCACCAACCUUCCUUGCCUUGGCGAAGGGUGACGAGCAUGUACCUGAAUGGGUGGAUGGUGGAGUAAUCCCUUUGACAAAAGAUCUUCAAGAACAUCCACGUCCUGUUGGCAAGGAAAGUUUCAGUGUCGAAUUUUGGUCUGAUAGCGCGCUUAUCGAAUUUGUUCAUACGGCGUCCAAGGCUGGUCCUAACACGUAUAAAACAAUUCGAGUGAUUUCUGAUGACUACAACUACAAAUAUACCGUUUGGUGCACAGGCGAGCACGAGCUUUACGACAUCAAAAAAGAUCCUUAUGCAACCAAGAACAUAUACAAUGAUGCCAGCUCUCGAUUGGUGAAGCGCCUUGAUGCUUUACUUUCGGUUUUGAAAGCAUGCCGUGCACACACUUGCCGUGAUCCUUGGCGGGUUAUCCAUCCUGAAGAUAGCAGUGUUACGACCUUGAAGGAUGCAUUGAAUAAGAAGUAUGACCGAUUAUACAAGCGUUUCGAGGACUUCAAAUUCCAUGAGUGUCUAAACCAUUACUCUAUCGCAAACGAGGCACAUCCAUUUGAUCAUAUCAACCUUGAAUCCAACACCAGCUCUUCCAAUCCUGUGGAAUCCACUGCUAAUAAUCAACAACACAACAAGCGAUCCAACCAUCAAUCACCAAAGCCUACAUCAGAGGAAGUCGUACGGUUAUUCAACCUUGUUCCACGAUCUACAACGCCUUUGGGUGACCAAGUGCCUUCCGCUGAAGAACUGGAAAGAAGAAAGAACCCGGUAUCUCGUGAAUUGAAAGAAACAGAGGUGGAAUGGGAAAAGUAUGGCUUCUAUAAUCGAUUUGGUAAUUAA